AUGGGUCUAAAACACAUAUUUCAUGUCAUUUUUAUAUGGCCCGUCUUGCUGAUACUGCGUGGGGUCGGAAGUCCGUUCAUCGCCUUAGGGCAGCUACUGCGCUGGUUGUUUCAUCCUCGUAGAAGCUCAAUCACCAGUGGUAACACACCCGCUUAUGGCGACGAUGGAUGUACUGCUGACGGAGAUUAUACGAAUCAAAUAUUAUCGGGAAAGGUUGAGGGCUACUUUAACCAGCACGACAGACAGUCUAAUAGAGACAACCUAAAAUGUAGGAAUCGUCAAGCUCCGUCAUCACAGAAAGAUGAACUUCGUGCUGACACUGGUGGACUAUCCUCCGUUCAUAGCGACCCACAAAUAUCUUUGGUACCUAAAGAUCUGUCGGCUACUUUUUAUGCCAUUAGUGUGCCACCUGAGGCUCUUGAAGGAGCUGAAAAUCCACAGUUGGUGUUUCGAGAUAAAGACAUUAUGCUGAAAGAAAUAAAAAAAUAUAAAGGAGCUCGGUUCAAAUUAUUUUCGAAAGAACAAGUAGCCCUCGAUUAUACAAAGUCUGUUCCAGAACCUGUCACUACACCAGUCAAAAGUACAUUUCAAAAUGAAGACACAGCUGGUAAUAGUCCUCAUCCUGCAAUGUUGGAAAAAGGCAACUGGAAGGCUCCCAAAGGAGCUGAUUUAGUAAUACUAAGGAAAAGUAUUGAGGCUGGUGACUUUCAAUCCGUACAAGACAUGAUCAACAGUAAUCCUCGCUUCCUCAUCAGUUGUGGUGACACUCCAUCCAUACUACAUGAAGGCACUCGGUACAAUGCUCUUCAUGUUGCGGCCAAAAGCAACCAACCAAAGAUUAUCAGAUUGUUAAUCCAGACAAUUGAGGAUCCUAGUUUCUUUCCAAAACUUUAUGGCCAGAGUCAGGAUGAUGAUGAUGCCAGAAAUGUACGUGUCCAAAAGUUGUUGGAUCUUUACCUGAAUACACCUGAUAAAGGGCCUUGUGAAACUCCAUUGCAUUUUGCCUGCAAGUUUGGCCAUAAAGAAGUUGUUGAAGUACUAAUGUCUCAUCCAUUAACAGAAGCAAAUCCAAAGAACAAAUUUGGAGAGACACCUGCUGAUUUGAUAUGCCGAAGAGUAGAUAAACCUUCUACACAAUUACACAAUGUUAUCAAAGAGUACCUGAAAGGGAGAUGUUAUGUGCCUUUAUACCGAGAUGAAAACAACAUAGUUUCCCCAACUGUGGGGACACCACGUAGCCCUCUAUUUGCUUCAGAAGUCUUUACACCUUUUGGUGUUUCUCAAACACCACCAUUUUCUCCGGAAGCACAAAUUUCCUCGCCAAAAAGCCCAUGUGAUCCUCAAGCAGUUGUGAAAGCUUUUGCUGGUCCUAUGUCACCUUCACAGGUAAUGUUGUUUUCUUUUUUUUUAAUAGAAAUUUAUUCAAUUUGA